UCUUCUAGCUUUCCAACAUCCCCAUCUUUCUUCCUACUUCGAAAGAAUUUGCGUCUCAGAGAUCGAACCUGAAGACUCUCUCAUCACCUCGUUACCCUCUGUCUCUCCGUUCUGAUCAAACGGUCUCUACCAAGCAAAUCGGAGCCGUUGAUUUCAGGUCUUUUGUGUUCCGGUUCUCAGUCAUGAACGAUCUCCAACUGAGUCGACCACCGAAACGAACAUUGGGUAAUUUCUGAUCUGAAUUUCUGUGAAAUUACAUGAAUUUCGGUCAAAUAAGGGUUUUGGGCGAGCUUUUGAGCAUUGAAAUCGGUGGUGAUUGAAUUCUUGGGUUAAGUAAUUAGGGGUUUAGCGCUAUUUGAAUUUGAAGUUUAUUUAUCAAGUUGGGAUUUGAAUUUUUGGAAUAACUUCGAGGGUUUUGUGUGGUUGGGAACUUUGUGGACUAAUAAUGGAGCAAGAAUCACAAAAAAAGAAGGUUGAUGAGAUGGGCCGCGAGCCCUCGAAUGCGCCGAUUCUUUGCGUGAAUAGUUGCGGAUUCUUUGGGUGCGCAAGCACUAAUAAUCUUUGCUCCAAAUGCUACAAAGACUCUGUAUUAACACAAGCAAAUGAAAAUAUAGUUGUAGAAGUGAAGAAAGUGAGUGAUGAACAAAAUGUGGAGGAUAAGGCUGAGGUUGAAGGAGUUGAGGAAGUGAAUGAGAAUCGAGUUGAGGAAGGGGCUCCUUCAGGGAAUCCUGAGAAACGACCCGCUAAUCGUUGCAGCUUCUGCAGGAAGCGGGUUGGGCUGACGGGGUUCAAGUGUAGGUGCGAGCUGACGUUUUGCUCACUGCAUCGCUACUCCGACAAGCACAACUGCAUGUUCGAUUACAAGAGCGCAGCACAGGAUGAGAUUGCGAAGGCAAACCCGGUCGUGAAGGCCGACAAGGUUGAGAAGAUAUGAUGGUUAUGAUGAGUAGCUGGAAAAUUAGUGGCAAGGUGGCUGUCAUUUGCUAUUGGAAGUGUAGUUGAAGGUACUUUGAUGCCUUAGGAAAUAAGUUUUAUUAUAUUGAAUGUUUUCCAUGCUUGAUAUGUACAGUUUGGUUGAUUGUGGUCUCUCGAAUAAUAAUGUGGUGUAAACCAUUUCAAAUUAUUUAUGAAUUAGUGAUUUGCAAUAA